GUUUCAUGUCCUCCUCUUUUGACCCUCUCCUCUUUUCUUCCCUUUCUUCUUCUUCUUCUUCUUCUUCCUCAUUACUAUAUCUUCACAUCACCAUUUCCAACGAAGCCAGAAGAACCUCUCAACUAGAACCCAAAACAAAGAGACGAAAGUGAACAGAGGAUUCUGGAGAAGCUAAGUAACUACUAACUAACAACAAUGGAGAAGAAGCAGGCCAUGUGGUUGUACCCAAGGCUUCAUGGAUUCAACCCUCCUGAGAGAUGGGGUCACUCUGCUUGCUACUCCCAUGGCUCUCUCUACAUCUUUGGGGGAUGCUGUGGAGGCCUCCAUUUCAGCGACGUUCUAGUUCUAGACCUCCAAACAAUGUCGUGGACCGCCAUGGAAACCAGAGGGCAAGCUCCAGGUCCCAGAGACAGCCACAGUGCUGUAAUCCUAGGGCGAAGAAUGAUCGUUUUCGGGGGAACCAACGGCCGAAACAAAGUCAAUGGCCUCCACGUCCUCGACCUCGACACCAAAGAGUGGAUAAUCCCACAAUGGAUUGGGAACCCGCCUUCGCCUCGCGAAUCCCACACAGCAACCAUCAUUGGAGGUUCCAAGAUGGUGAUUUUCGGCGGGAGUGGAGAAGGCGAAUCGAAUUACUUGAAUGAUCUCCAUGUGCUAGACCUUGAGGGCAUGGUUUGGGUCGCCCCUGAAGUUAAAGGUGAGAUUCCUGUCCCUAGGGACAGCCAUUGUGCCGUUGAGAUUGGGGAGAGCAGCAACAAGCUUCUCGUUUUUGGUGGGGAUCGCGGCGAUAGGUACCAUGGCGAUGUCGAUCUCUUCGACAUGGACAGCCUCACAUGGUCCAAGCUAGUUGUUGAUGGGUGUUCUCCUGGAGUGCGAGCAGGGCAUGCUGCUGUGAGUAUUGGAACAAAGGUUCUUGUGAUUGGAGGGGUUGGAGACAAACAUUACUACAAUGAUGUUUGGGUUCUGGAUACAGCGAGUUCUUGCUCGUGGACGCGGCUAGAUGUUUGUGGACAUCAUCAGCCUCAGGGGAGGUUCUCUCACACUGCUGUGGUCACUCCUUUUGACAUUGUCGUCUAUGGCGGGUGUGGAGAAGACGAGAAGCCACUCAACGAGCUGCUGCUCUUGAAUUUAGGGGCGCAUUCGAACAAUCUCGGCCACAAGAUCAUCCAACAGAAGCCCUUCUGGAUGAGAUCAGCAGAUACAACUAAUCCGAAGAGGAAAAGGAUGAUGAAUUCGAAUGCUUCAGCACGCUGCUGGGAGGUUGUGGAGUCACCAUCGCAGCAAGAGGAGCAUUCACUUUCGCUGUCUCAACAUUCUUCCCCAUCACUAUCUGAUCAAGAACAGGCCUCGACGAAGAAGAGAGCAGCCAGCGAUUCCUUCUCGAGCUUGUUCAAGCAAUUAAAUCCGCCUCCAACGAGGAUUCACCACCGCACUGCAAACACGAACGACGUGCCAAGUACUAGGAACAUGAUGGAAAGAGCAAUCUCGUACAAUGCUGCAGAGCAGCAGUUUCUUAGGAGGAAAGCAAUGCUGCUGUCUCCUCCAGAUCAGCAGAAACCAAUUGAACAACAGAACCUGAUUGGAGCCGAGGUACGGGGGAAGGUGGACGGAUUGUUCGAUUCGGGGCUACUGAUGACUGCAAAUGUGAAUGGGAGGAUACUGAGAGGAGUGUUGUUCCCAGCUGCGCCCAUGGUUGGAAAUGGAGUAGGGGGAUGGCUGUCAUCUUCACCGUCAACAACAACGACAACACGAGGCGAAUUCUCUACUCGUGUGAACCAAAACAGAAUGCUCCAUCGACUGCCAUCAUCGUCAUCAUCGCAUUCGUUAUCAGUGUACCGGAAUCAGAAUCAGAAUCAAAAUCAUCGCCUCUUCGUGCUGAGUAAUAAGCCUAGUGAAGAGGCAGGGGUGGGGCAGAGUCGAGUGAUGAACAGAGGAGGAGGUAUAUACUAUGCAGAGAGUCAAGGGAGUAGCCCGGCGACAACAACGGUGGCGGGGUCCGGAGGUGAGAAGGAGAAGAAGCUGAGGAUGAUGGAUCAUCUUGAGGGUGUGGUGCUAACAUUAGGAGGACCAGGAUCAUCAUGUGGAGAUGGAGGUAGUUAAAAGAAGAUGGCUGAAUGGUCAAAAUGGGUGUUCUGUUAGUUUGUUUAGUGGGUUUUUUGCUAUGUAAAUCUUAAGUAGGGUCUGCAAGUAAUCAAAAAGUUUGAAUCUUUAGCCAAAAUCAAGCCUGAUAAUGAAAGAGCAUGAAAACAAAAGAGCAAUUGGAAGGGGAAAGAACCCGUGGUUUGCGGGGGUCAUGUUCCCUUGUUCUUCUUCUUCACGAGUCCAUCUCCUUUGCCCUGAUGGGGCAGAUCUGCCUGUCAAACUUUGUUUUUUGAGAUGACAUGAUAGUGAGAGCUGAGUUUGAUUUUAUGAUUGAGUGAUUAUCAGUUGGAUAGAUAGAUAGAUGGGGCUGCUGUUUUGUCAUGAUUGAUUCGAUUGAUUGAAGGUUUCCAAUCUUGUCUUGUCACCACC